AAGCAGCAUCAGAGGCGAGAAGCUGCUCUGAUAUCGCGUGCAGAUAAUCGUCAACAAACUCCAGUGCGUUUCAAACUGGCUUCGGAAAGUGUUAAUAUUUCGUACUAUCAGUGAGCAGUAAGUUUGUUACUGUAAGGUUACGAUCUGUGCACUAAGCAACUACUGGGAAUAACAUUACUUUAUAAAGUGUGCCUGCAAGCGUUUUGGACAGAAACUUCUUGCCUGAUACAGAUACCUCUCAGUGUGAGGCAAACAUGGAGAAGGGAAACAAGUUUGUGGACCCUAUGGAGGCGCUGUUCACACCUCCGCCCCAUAAGACGAAGAUAGAGGCCCUGACAUCCUUCUUUUACGACAGCGACGAGGGAUCGUGCCUCGGCAGAACUCCAAGUCAAUGGCUCCGGGUGUUUCUGUUCUAUCUCGUGUUCUACAUAUGGCUAGCCGCUUUCUGGGCGGCUUGCAUGUGGGGGCUACUGCAGACCAUAGACACCGACACCCCUACAUAUGUGCUGGAUAGCUCCAUAAUUGGAACGUCACCAGGUCUCGCAUCCCGUCCAAUGCCCCCUGAAGGACGUGAAAGUAUAUUGACUUACGCCAAAGUCAAUAAGUCAUGGGUUACACCCAAUAACUGGAUACCAACGGUGGAUAAACUCCUGGAAGAAUAUCAGACCACACUCAAUAACACACAGAAAUGCAGCUACAGAAACAGCAAAGAGGACGAUAAUUCGGUGUGUGACGUAGACAUAAAUUCUUGGGGAGACUGUAAACCAAAUGGCAGCUUCGUCUCCAACAUAUGCAUGUACUUCAAGAUCAACAAGGUGUUUGAAUGGAAGCCAGAUUACUACAAAGAACUGGAAUCCUUGCCAAAAGACAUGCCUGAUGACCUCAAGAAUGUAAUAAAUAACACAUUUUUAUCAUACCCAGAAAAAAAGAAUAAAGUCUGGCUCAGCUGUGAGGGGAGACAUGAAGCCGAUCAGGAACAUCUGGGACCUGUUAGGUAUUUUCCAGAGCAGGGAUUUCCCGGUUACUUCUACCCAUUUCGUAACCAAAUUGGUUUCAGGAGCCCUAUUGUAGCUAUGCGCAUUUUGGAGCCCAAAACCGACGUUGUGAUCAACUUGGAAUGUCGGGCAUGGGCGCGAAACAUCGAACACGACCGCAAGGAACAGUUAGGAAUGCUUAAUUACAAGAUAAAGAUAGCAUGACGAACUGGAGAACUCGAUAGAUCAACGUUAAAUACUAUGUAUUUUUGUGAUAGAGCAAAUCACCUUCACCAUUAUCAUCAUAAACUGAUAUUAAAUGAUGGGCCCUUUCUAUUAAGUCAAACUUGUACCUUCAUACAUAAUUUUUUGGCAUGUUUUACGAUAUAUAUUAACUAAUGAUGUAUAAAUUUAUAUGAAUGCUGGAAACUUGUAGAAAGUAAAUGUAGAUAAUGAUAUAACAGAUUAUCACAUACUGGUCAAGUUAUGUUGACCAAACUAUACUCCUUCACUUAAUUGUGUCUGUCCGCAAAUGUAUACAGCAAUAACCGCACCAGUUGGAACACAUACAUUUCUUUAAUCAGAUCACUUACUAAAAUUCUUUUGUCAAUUUUAUAUUUGGUUCAGACGGAUAAACAAAGAUUAUUACUUUACACAAAGGCCACUAUCUGAAUAAA